AUACAGUGAACAGCAUAUAUGCAAUAAAAAGUCACAUAUGGAAAAAUAUAGGGGUGAGAAUUGGUCUGAAGAUGACAAUACAAAUUAUGGCUCUGGCAAUGUUCUGAAGGGGUUAAUAAAGUUAUAAAUCUUCUUAAAUCUAUUACUGCAAUGUGUAAUGUCCUGACUAUAUCUACACAUACAUAUGAGUCAACUGAGCUAUAGAACUUUUAGAGCAAGAUGAAUGUUAGUUGCAGAUUUUCCCAAAGAACCUCAAUAGGCAUGUAAAAUGCUGCAGCUAAUCUGCCAUACAUAGGCACCGUGUGAACAUGCCCUUAGGUAGCUGUUUCUGAUGAUCUGCGAUGCUGUGGAGUUUUUCAAUGAACUUCAAUAGUAAAGUAAAAAUGUGCAGUAAAUCCUCGGCGUAUUCAUGUGGGUGUACGGGACAGGAAUGAGGAAACGCUAGAAACAAGCGCCCCAAUGGCGUCAUAACAAAGAGCCGAAAGACAACUGUGCGCACGCCGCAACUCCAUGACAUCAUCACCGCCAGCUACAGUCGCACAUGUGACGUCCCUCGGCGCCAAGGGCACGCUCCCACGAUCCUUUCAUGUGUGACCUACGUGCCCUUACUCAACAUGUCCUCCUAGGCAUCGAAAUACGUCAGUGUCGGCGCAUCUGUGUACGCGCCAUAGUCCCCGCCCCCUUCCUGCUUUCAGGGCGCGCUCCUGCUGCAUCUCCUGGAUCGAUUCUUCGCCGACAUGUCCGCCAGUAGUCUGCUGGAGACGAGACCCAAGGGCCAAGCGAGCAAAGUACAAAAUGGGUCUGUUCAUCAGAAAGAUGGCGUGAAUGAUGAUGAGUUUGAGCCCUAUUUACAUACACAAGAGCGCCAGAGUAAUGGAUACACAGCAUUGUCCGAUUCCUACCUUCCCAGUUACUAUGGUCCAUCCAUUGGAUUUUCCUAUUCCUUGAGUGAUGCUGCCUGGUCUACUGGAGGGGACCCACCACCAACUAUGCCAUUUCUUGCUUCUUAUGGUCAGUUAGGCAGUGGUGAGCCACACUUUUUGCCAGAUGCAAUGUUUGGACCUUUAAGUAGUGCUCCUUUUUUGGGACAAUCUGGAUUCAACUUUUUCCCAAGUGGCAUGGACUUUUCAGCCUGGGGGAGUGGAGGAAACUCUCCAGGUGCGUCUGCCCCUAGCUCUGGCUAUGGUGGUAGUUAUGCAUAUGCUCCCAGCAGCUUGGGCGGAGCUGUUUUGGAUGGCCCAGCAAGUUUUGGUGGUGGCAAAGCAGUUGGCAGUUUAGAGCAAAGCAUGGGGGCCUUGAAGUUAGGAGAAGGAAAUGGUGUUAAAACUGGUGUGACCAAUUUACCCCCUGCAACUAUUGCUCCACCAAAGCAGGCAUCCUGGGCGGACAUUGCCAGCAAACCUGCGAAACCAAACACUGGAAAGACACUUCCUCCACCAGUAAAGCAAAAUAUGGAAAUUGGAACUUGGGAAAACAAAGUACCUACAGCCAACAUUUGCCAGCUACCUUCCCCUCCAGUUCUUCAGCAACCAACGCCCAUUAUAUCUUCACAUACUCCAGCUCGUUGGUCAGCACCUCGUAACCGUGGGUCAGAGCAAGCCCAUGUCUUACAGACCGCAAUGGACCCCCAUCCUGUCCUGGAGAAACUACGUUCCCUUAAUAACUAUAAUCCAAAGGACUUUGACUGCAACCCAAAAUUUGGCCGAGUGUUUAUUGUGAAGAGUUAUUCAGAAGAUGACAUACAUCGUUCUAUCAAGUACAAUGUGUGGUGUUCUACAGAACAUGGUAACAAACGCCUGGAUGCUGCUUAUCGUUCUCUGAAUGGAAAAGGUCCUGUCUAUUUACUGUUCAGUGUUAAUGGAAGUGGUCACUUUUGUGGGGUGGCAGAAAUGCGAUCUGCUGUGGACUAUAAUACUUGUGCAGGGGUGUGGUCUCAGGACAAGUGGAAGGGCCGUUUCGAUGUGCGUUGGGUGUUUGUGAAGGAUGUACCCAAUGGGCAAUUACGACACAUCCGACUAGAGAACAAUGAGAAUAAACCAGUUACCAACUCCCGAGACACACAGGAGGUUCCACUAGAAAAGGCUCGCCAGGUACUACGAAUCAUAGCUAGCUACAAGCAUACCACUUCCAUAUUUGAUGACUUUUCACAUUAUGAGAAGAGGCAAGAGGAGGAGGAUAGUGCCAAGAAGGAUGUUGCACUUAGGACAUCUAUUUGUGGUGAUUAAGAAUUAGACGGUCAUCAAACAAUCGGGAUUAUCAAACCGGAUUUCUCCUUUUACUCUUAUCUUUCGUGGAACAUAAUAAACGAAGCAAGAAAUUGUGUGAUGACAGUGUUAAAGGACAAACAGAAACUUGGGGCUAGAGCCUCUGAAUUGUACCCCUUCACCAUAAUUCAGGGAUUAAGAUAAUCUUGAAUUUAAUGCUGGGUUGCCGAUCAAGAUUGGAUUUAUUCCCCACUCACAGAGGAUGGAGACUUAUUAUUUUUGGAUAAUCCUGCAUCAUCUAUUUGUGUCUUGCAUUUUGUGGCAGAAGCCAAAUUUUUAUUUAAUUUUUUGAUGGUGUGGCAGAAGCCUUAUUUCUUUUUCUUUUCUACCUUCCCCUGACAGCACCCAGUAUGUAUGAGUUUUGCGCAUAUGUUUUUGUAUGUGUGUUUUAAGUCAUUUAAGUACAUUGGUAGGGUACAUACUUAUUAUAUGUUAACAUUUGGAAGUAAUAGGUUUUGAUCACACAGUUUCUACAAGUAUUUUCUUUAUAUCUGUCAACUUCUGGUAUUGUCAAAAUGAAAGUAUGAAAACUUCUUAGUGUAAACAAGGCCUGUAACACCAGGACCACAACCUGGAUUUUGCAAGUACAUAUUGAAGCAACAGGUCUUAAACUGCUAGCCUGAUUCAGACUUUGCUCAGUGAUUGAACAGUAAAUGCAAUUUUUACUUGUUUAUAUACCUUAUGGGAGAGAUUUAUCAAAACCUGUCUAGAGGAGAAGUUGCUGAGUUGCCCAUAGCAACCAAUCAGAUCGCUGCUUUCAUUUUUCAGAGGCCUUGUCAAAAAUGAAAAAAGUGAUCUGAUUGGUUGCUAUGAGCAACUCUUCCUCUGGACAGGUUUUCAUAAAUUUCCCUCUAUGUCCCCUUUCAACCCUCAUACAGCAGGAGCACAGUUAGGCCACAUUAUCUAAAGAAUGACCAUGUGAGGUAUAACUUGGAUACAUACUGUGUGUGUUACUUACAAGUUGAAGCAGAGAUGCCAAGUUGUCUCUUCUGGAUAAAAGAAGCCUGACCUUAAAGGAAACUUGUCACUUGUUUUAUGCUGCCCAAUCCACUGGCAGAAUGACACUGUCACGUUUCACUAUCACAAUGAUAUAUGAUCCUCUCCAAAUGGCUGUGCCUUUUCAGGGUAAUAAGAGUUGUAUCUAUGGCUUGAAACAGGAUCUAAGACGUGGGGUAGCCCCAGCCUCCAUUAACAGAUCUUUCUGUUUGAAUAUAGGCAAAAAUCUGUCAUUCAGGGUCUCGAACCAUCCUCAUGACUCGCAGUCGUGUUCCGGCUGAAGUUCCAGCCAUUCAAAGUUGCUCAAUAUCAUUAUCAUAAGAAAAGCCUAUUUUGUACUGCCCGUGCUUCAAGCAGCAAGAAACAAGUGACAGGUCACUUUUAAACAAUUUUCUUUUCUUCUUACACAUAUAGAGGUAUAUAUUAUACAGGUAUUUAUGUCCUGGUGACUGUCUAUAAUCUAGUAUAUUUGCCCUCAUCAUAUGGUGCACCAUCCCCCCCACCCCCGCUCAAGCUAUCAACCUCACCUUCUCCCAAUGUAAAUGUUAGAUUGGAAUAAAUGUUUUGUUUAAAAAGAAAUUCAAGAAAUUGGGAAUGACGACAAAGUAAAAAUUCACCCAGGACUUGCAUGAAGUGUUAACGUGUUUCAAAUAUAGCUUCAGUGUUAGAAACUUGUUAGCCAGGAUGGGACGUUUUAUGGUUUGAGGAAUGUUUGCCAAAGUUAAGCAUGCAUGGAAGACAGAGAAUGUCAAAGGGGUUUUCUGCUUUAAAAGUGGCUAACCCCAAUUUACCGUACUAAGAGACACUUUGCUGUAUGUCUUCAACUUAGUAUUUCAAUAGCUUGCACUUUCUAACAGUGGGGCCGAGGUGUCACGCGGCUGGUACUGUAUGUUUUGGGAGAAAUCUAACAAAUGCCUUGAAGGGUGUUUAGAGAGAGGCUUUGAACUUUAUUAAACAUAGUGCAUGGUCCCUUAUUUAGGAGGAAGAGGGUUGGUUAUUUAUUUAGUGGCAGCCCUGGUUGAGUAACCUGUAAGCGAUUACUUCUUACUGUUCUUUACCUGUUGGCUUCCUGGAAGACCCAUGUGCUUGCCGAGAAAAUAUACAAUGAUGUUUGCACCAUAAAACUUUGCUUGGACUUUUAUAUUUUUGGGUUCCAGAGUAGAAAUGUGUUUUGAAGUUCCAUAGGAAGAGGGCGCCUGCAUUUAAAGGCUCCUCUUAUGGAGAACCUUUAUUUCCAUCACGAUUGUUCUUAUUCUAUCAGUUCUGUUGUCAUCACGUGGCUUGUUACUCACCAGUGAGGGCUAUCUCUUUAAUUUUUUUUUUUUUUUUUUUUUUUUUUUUUUGUGCUCCCUAAAGUCUAUAAGGCUACUAGCCAUCUCUAUUUAACAUUUGGGAAUGGGGACCAUCUGCCCUGCCUGUGUGUAGUUUAUAACAUCAUAUUUUAUUUAUGCUACAUUAAAUUUUCCUGGAAUAAACCUUAUGUUCCAUGCAGAAUUUUUCAGUUGAACAUUAAACAUAUGCUCUAUUAAUGGAUUGAGAAAUGGUGCAAUUACUGGAAUUAGAAGUAAAAGAACCAGAUUGCUAGCAUACCUGCAGAAAAUGCUGAGCUGUUUUAGAACAUACGAAGUUAGAGUGGAAGAAUUUCUAGUUGGGAUGGUUAAGAAUGUGUUAACAGCAUAUCUGUUUAAAUAAAUCCUUGUUUAACUGGUAA